AUGUUCGACACGAUAUGCACGCUCCCGCUUUCGUCGGAGCUGUUCGCCCAAGCUCUUCACCCAACAGCACCUUUGGUCGCCGUAGGACUUAGCUCCGGACAUGUCGAGACGCUGAGACUGCCACCAGUCGAGGGCGACGAUGAGGAUGAGGCCGAAGCUGAAGCUGCAGCAACUGGACGCGGUCACAUCGAGGCUGCAUGGCGUACGCGCAGACACAAGGGUAGCUGCAGAAGUCUGGGAUACAGCCUGGACGGAAGCACUCUCUUCAGUGCUGGCACCGACGGCAUCGUCAAGGGCGCCGACAGCGUCACUGGCAAGGUCGUCAGCAAGAUUGCUGUCCCUCUUGAUCCCUCGACCGACGACAUUGACGAACCCUCAAUCCUCCACAUUCUCAGUCCCCAGACCUUCCUUCUCGCAACCGACAGCUCUGCUCUCCACCUCUACGAUACCCGCGAGGCCAACUUCUCCACCUUCUCCACCACUCGCCCCUCGCAAACACACCACCCUCACGAAGAUUACAUUUCCUCCCUCACACCACUCCCUGCUUCCGAGACCAGCACCUCUGGAUACAGCAAACAAUGGGUCACCACUGGCGGUACUACUCUCAGUGUGACUGAUCUACGUCGCGGUGUUCUGGUCCGUAGCGAAGACCAAGAAGAGAUCCUCCUGUCCUCUUGCUUCGUCUCUGGUCUACCCGCCCGCAAGACCAGCUCGUCAAAGGGCGAGAAGCUUGUUGUUGGUGGUGGAGACGGUGUACUUACCCUCUGGGAGCGUGGAGUCUGGGAUGACCAAGACGAGCGUAUUACUGUUGAUCGUAGCGCUGGUGGUGGUGAGAGUUUGGAUGUCAUCCGCGUGCUACCACCAGGCGUUGGCCCUGGCGGUAAGGUUCUCGCUGUCGGUAUGGGUGAUGGCAAGGUUCGCUUCGUCAAGCUUGGUCCCAACAAGGUCAUUUCGGAAAUCACACACGACGAUGUCGAGGGUGUUGUCAGCUUGGACUUUGACGUCGCAGGCAGACUCAUCACAGCAGGUGGCAGCACCAUCAAGGUCUGGCACGAGAUGGUCGAUGAAGACCAACAUGCCUACGUUGACGGCGAUCUCAAGAGAGAGGCUGAGGACAGCGACGCAGGUAGUGAUGACGAUGACAGCGAUAUGGGCAGUGAUGACAGCAGCGACGAGGAAGACAACGGCCGCAAACGCAGAAAGAAGAGAAAGCGUGCAAAGGGCAAGGACAAGUCUGGAGGCGCAAAGAGCAUGGGCUCGUUCGCCGGCCUGGACUAG